AGUUAAAAUAUGAUUGGACUCGUGUCACGAUGCAUAUUUUUAUGAUUUUUAAGAAAGAAAAUUUUACAAAAUUUCAGCUUGGAUGAAUAAUUUUUGAUUAAUUAUAAAUAAUAUAUAAUAUUAUUGUGAUUUAUAUUGUUAUAUUCGCCAUUUUGAUGCUAUAUUCUUGGUUGCUUGUUGCAGGGCACCAGUAAUACACCACCACCUCAUAUUGACGUUUGUACAUACCUCGUUUCAAUGUUUUGAUUCAUCAACUCAAUUAAAUCAUGUGUUUACAUUAAUUUUUAAAUUUUACAUUAUAAUUAUUAUUCAUAUAAUUAUUUUGUGUUAUUUAAAAUUAAUUAUAUUAUAAAAUAGACAUUGAGCUUGAUAUAUAUAUAAAAGCUUAGUUUAUAUUUUUCAUAUAAUAUACAUGUAAAGAAGAAAGAUACAACGAAAUAAAAAAAAAAAUUAAAAAAAAAAGGAAUAAAAAAAAGAAACGUUAUAAAGGGGCUUGGCCAAGUGGUUUUUUAUAAAUUGUUUAUUAUUAUUUUUAUAUUUAAUUUUUAUUUAUUAUGAAUUACAUUAGCUUCAAUUGAAAAUUAUAAUAUAAAAUUUUUUUUUUUUCAUUUUAUAUAUUUUAUUUUAUAAAAUUGAAAUCUAAAAUGGCAACUGAUGUUGAGGAGUCUGAUACAGAGGAUCAUGAACGUGCUGUACCAUCAAAACGACAAUGCAUACAACUUAUUGAUGAUAAUAAACAACAAAUGAUUUAUCAAAUAGCUGAACAAGAUGAUAAUCAUAGUGAAACAGAAAGUGAAUAUGAUAGAAAUGAAAGAUUAACACUUGAAAGAUGGCAAGCAUGUCAAGUUGCAAAAGGUUUUGUUGAUAAUACAAUUAAUCGUGUUAUGGAAAAUUAUAUACUAGGACCACAAGCUGAUCCAUCACAAUUUCGUUUAUUUCGUGGUACUGAAAUGGAAAAUACAGCAGUUAUGAUGGCUAUUAAAAAUCAUGGUUUAGUAUCAGAUUCUGAUGAUCCUACAGAAUUUGAUACAUAUAUUGAUGAUAAAAAUUCAUCAUGGAGUAAUAAUAUUAUACAACAAAAUCAUUCCAAUUUAGAUAAUAAAAUUAAUGAUACAAACAUUCCAUAUGCAACAACAUCAUCAGAUAAUAUAUUUACAAUAAAUACAUCAUCAUCAAUUGUCAAUCAAGAUAUUAUUAAAGAUAAAAUUGAUGAUGAUAAUGAUAAUAUUGGAGGUGUUGGUGGUGGUGAUGAGCAAGAUUUUUUGGAACGUGCUGUUGCUGAAGCUAUUAAAAUUAAAGGACUUGGGGCUGCACGUAAUUUUGAUUAUAAUUAAAAUUUAUAAUUAAUCUAUAACUUCAAUUAAUAGCUCAUAGAUAUAUUUU